CCUUGAUGCACGUCCUCCGAAGCGCGCCGUCAUCCCUCCGUUCCUUGUUGUCGCAUCUCGAGAUCCUCCGACUCCAUCGCAUCGACCCUCGCAACCGCCCCCUAAUCGAUCCGCCGCUGAGGCACCUUUUACCUAUACCGUCUCCACGAUGCCUCCAGGAGGACCGGCCCAGAAGGGCACCGGCAAAAAGAAUUCCGCGGCCAUGCAGAAACAGAGCCGCAACACCACGCCAGCCCCGGCCGCAACAGCCGCAGCAGCUGGAACAGCCAGUCUCCCGCCCCAGGAAUUCUACGAUCCGGACUAUCUGAACACUAGAGUUAUUCUCUUCCGGAAUCUGACAUAUGAUGACCUCGUCGACCAGUCGGCGUCCAAUGCGACCGUCCCCGACUCCAAGAGCCUCGACGGCAUGAUUGAGCGCCUCAAGAGCCUCACCAACAUCAUGGAGAAGCGCUCCACCUUUUACGACCGCGGCAUGCGCCACCUGGCAGAUGAGCGCAAGAAACGACCCACCGAAGACUACGACCGCGGGCGCGCAGAGGGCGAGCAGGAGGGGAAGCGACCCAAGCAUAAGCGUAAGAAGACUGAUAGCUUGGCUGCUCCCGAUGGCAAUGUUGAACGGUCGUCCCCUCUUCGAGAUUCUAAGAGCAAGCACACACGCAACGAGUCAGCCAGCUCGUCCUUGUCACCCGCUGCAGCAGCUUCACCAUCCGCAAUGGAAGUCGACGACAAGACAAAGAAGCAAGAGGGGGAAGAAGAAUCAAGCUCCGAGGACGAGGGUGCGCCGCCCCGUCGCGAGGUACCCCAGUCGCAGACCUUUGGCGAGGAUCCCUCGACCUUUCCCGACCCGACCGUAUACGAAAUCAGACCUGUGUAUCCUGGCAUGCCGGACGAUCUGCGAAAAGAGAUUUACUCCGUUGCCACCUAUCCCAGGAGCGACCUUGCCGACCUCAUUGCUGGGGACCCGCCAGACAAGGACUUUAGCAAUGCGAAGCCGAGUAGUCAAAUUAACUUUUCGACAUUCUCAACCUACGUCGACCCGUUCUUUAGGCCAUUUUCUGAAGAGGAUCUGGCAUUCUUACGAGAGCGGGGAGACCGGGUAAUGCCAUUUGUGAUGCCAAAGCGCGGCAAGCGACACUACACUGAGGUCUGGGCUGAAGAGGAUGGUGCAAUGUCCGUCGACUCCCCCCAACAAGGCCGCGACAAGCUCCCACCAAACCAACCUCGAGGCGGCAUCGAGAACAUGGACGACGACGUUGGCGAAACUGAUAAGCUCUCUGUCGGACCCUGGUUGGCCCGGCUGAUGCAAACGUUCCGACCCGAGGCUCGAGCGCAACCCGCAGAGGAAAAGCCAACUACGAAUGGCGUGACAAACGGAGAUAUUAGCAUGAACGGCGAUGCCAACGGCGAGGAACAUACUGGGGGCACUGACGACAAGUCAAAUCCUCUACAGCCGGCGACCUAUAUGCCCGAGUCCAUGUCAGAAGCCUGGAAGAAAGCAACUCAUCCCAAACUCGAGUACUCGCAAGUCGACGAGCGCAUCAAGCAGGAGCUUCGACAUAUCGGAUUCCUCCCACUGGAAGGAUUCGAGGCAGAAUUCGACGGCCACUACGACGAUGAGGUGGCUGCGAGAUUGCGCCUGCUCCAGUCACGGCUCAAAGAGCAGAUGCUUAUCAACGGCGCACGCAAAUCACGCCUGACUGACCUUGUUCGUGAACGCAUGGCGCAUCAAGAAUACCAGACUAUCCUGGAGGAUCUCGACUCGCAAGUCCAAGCAGCGUAUCUUAAGCGAACGCGGACUAUGGGCAAGAGCAAGAAGAACAAACGGCCAGGAGGCGCUGGCGGAGGUAGCCACUUUGUGGGCGGCGCUGCGGGUACGGCGCGGCCGGGCAUUGGUGACCUGACCAAGAUGCUCAUGGAGCGGCGGAGACGAUGGAUCGACACGAUUGGAUCAGUAUUUGAUGAUGAGAGCUUGGGCAAAGUCCCUCGAGCUACGGAUCCUGAGAGCUCCAUUUUCAAAUCCAAGGACAUGGCGGACUUGAUUAAGAAGGAAAAGGAGCAGUGGGAUGAAGAGGACGAAUGAGUGGAGGUAGGCGUAUGUAUGGCUCGAGUGUCUGUCUGGGUCUAGGUCUGGGUCUAGGUUGCUCGUAAUUGUUUUUGUUUGGAGAGGUGGCGUUGAAAGAGUACUGGGAUUUGGUUUUAUGGGGGAAUAAGGUUAACGAAUAGCAUGCGUGUUUUUUAAAUCAAAGCUAGAGCUGCGUAUUGCGGGCUUCAACACUAUGUUUGCACAUCAUGGACGGG